GUUUGGAUCCGGAGAGACGUCGUCGACGCUGCUCGGAAAUCAGGUGGCGCACCUCCGGGCGGGCGGGGAGCCGGUCGGAGGAGGCUCGAGAGUAGCCAAGAAUACCGAAGUUGUAACGAAGGAAGGAAGGUAGGCAUGCUGUCACUGCCGCUAUCGAUACGCCGCGUCCGGCCUUGGGCCGCUGCGGCCAAAAAGUCGCCGAAGGUGAACAAGUGCACAAUUUCACACAUGAGUUCCAAGGGAUCCCAACCAGCACGCGCAGCAGCGGCGACGAGAGAUGCUCCGGCGAAGGUUGGGGUUUACACGGGUGGGAAGGAGAUGCCCUUCACGUCGGUUCUUCGAAUCGAGGAUCCCGACAAACUCCCGGUUUGGCCGGUGUUUCGUGUUCUGGACGAAAACGGCAGUGUGCGCGCCGAUGCGGUAGAACCGAAGCUCGGCAAGGAAACGGCGUUGAAGAUGUACGGCAACAUGGUCCGCCUGGAAGCUAUGGAUGACAUAUUCUACAACGCGCAGAGACAAGGCCGGAUCUCGUUUUACCUGCAGUCGGCCGGCGAAGAGGCCCUUCAGAUGGGAGGAGCGGCGGCGUUGGACAUGAAUGACAUGGCUUUCACGCAAUACCGGGAGCCGGGCCUCCUAAUGUGGCGGGACUUCGGCAUUCAGAGCUUUGCGGACCAGUGCUUGAGUAACAUCAGCGACCUCGGCAAAGGUCGCCAGAUGCCAGUCCACUAUGGCUCCAAAGAGUUGCACUACCAGACAGUCUCGUCGCCGCUAGGAACCCAGAUUCCUCAAGCGGUGGGCGCGGGGUAUGCCUUGAAGCUGUCUGGCAAGGACAACAUCGCGGUCUGCUACUUUGGCGACGGGGCGGCCAGCGAGGGCGACUUUCACGCGGCUCUUGCCCUGGCGGCCACGAGGGACGUGCCCGUGCUCUUUGUUUGCCGAAACAACGGUUAUGCCAUCAGCACUUCAGUUGCAGACCAAUACCGAGGUGAUGGCAUCGUCUCUCGCGCCCCGGGCUAUGGUAUGCACGCCGUAAGGGUCGACGGCAACGAUGCUCUGGCGAUGUUUGCCGCAACGGCCGAGGCUCGGAGGAUUUGCCUGUCACAGAAGAAGCCGGUCUUGAUGGAGGCCAUGACCUACCGCCUGGGGCAUCAUUCGACGUCGGACGACUGGAGCCGCUAUCGGAGCUCGAACGAGGUGAAGCAAUGGAAGGCGAACCACCAUCCGAUUCGACGGUUUUAUUCGUACUUGGAGGGUAAGGGCUGGUGGGAUUCCGCGAAAGACCGAGUCCUGAGGGACAGGGAAAGGCGGUCGGUGCUAAUUGCGCUCGAAACGGCCGAACGCAAGGCCAAACCAAGCUUGGGGAGCAUGUUCGAGGACGUCUACGAGGUGGUGCCCCGACACUUGCAGGAACAAAAGCAUCAGCUUUACGCCCAUCUCGAAAGGAAUGCGGGCCGGUACGACGGGGCGGGUGGCUGCAAGCUCCCUUGACGUGUAGUCGAUGUCUUCGAAGGGAGGUUAGGGUUCUUCGAAGCCUUUGAAGGCUCUCACAUGUCCAAAGAUUCAUCGAUGUAUGGUGAUGCUGACAGCGUUUAACCCUAGACAUUGGUCGUCGACUUUUUUGCUAGAUCGUUGAUGUGCUAGAUCUAAGGGGUCGUUUGUCGAAGUUCCAUGAGGAGGUGAAGAACAUGUCGAGUGGGUAUGGCACCGCAUGCACAGACUACCACUUUAGAAUGUUCACGGCUGUACCACACCAGGUGUAAAAAAGCUCAGGCACAACAGUUUCCCAUAUUGACGCCAAUUGGGCGCGGCGGGUAAGCACCGGUGGUGUAAAUAUCAAACGACAAAGCCAGAAAGGCGGCGUUUUGUUAAUGAAAUCUGGACGAUCGUAGGCACAGGAGUCCGACAAAAUGCAAGAAUGAAUAUGCUGAACUGUCGAAUUACAGGACGCAUCCGGUUUCCUGGUUCUUUUUCGUUGGUAUCUCUCUCCUCUUCAGUUUCCGGCGUGGUUCGAUCAUCUCCCAGGUAAUUUUUGUUCUGUGUGCUCUAUACUAUUUCCGCGUUUGAGGUGUUGUUUCUGGGUUCGUUUUUUUUUUUUUUUGUGGUCUACAUGUACAGAUGGUGCCCACCUUUAGGCACCGCUUGUUUUGGCCGGGCUCAAUGCUUUGUAACGAGUCGUUAACACGCAACGGUAGACGUCUAAAGUGUGUAAUCAGUAAGUACGUAUGGCUCCCGUCCAUGGCGCGGUUUCUGGCGCGAGAAAGUAUUGCUCCCGAUAGGUAUUCGCUCAUGCAGCGAUGCACACACACUGACCUCUCUUUGUGCAAUCGAACGACUGUACCGAGUGCGAUGAGUAGUGAAAAUACUCGCACCAGCUGUAGUGGCCGAUGUAGUGUCGGAGCAAAGGCCUCCUUGUGGAUGUUAUGGCCUUAUCCUUUUAGUUCAAGCUCAGGAUGGUAGCUUGGUUGUGAGCAGAGGAGGGCGAGUCCAGACAGCUCUUGCAGAGGCUCCGCUGAACGCGGCCAACUACCUCUGUGGGGGUGUACUUGCGGAAAAAUGAAUACCCCGAACCGUAACAUCCCUCCUAGUAUAGUAUCAACUCAUAAUAUACUAACGCCUCAUCCGGUACUUUUAACCAGAGGAAUGGCAGAACCGCGAGGUUCUCCAUCAACCGAUAUGCCUCGAAAGGGAACUAUCCACCCGNAAAAUGAAUACCCCGAACCGUAACAUCCCUCCUAGUAUAGUAUCAACUCAUAAUAUACUAACGCCUCAUCCGGUACUUUUAACCAGAGGAAUGGCAGAACCGCGAGGUUCUCCAUCAACCGAUAUGCCUCGAAAGGGAACUAUCCACCCGAUACUUCACGCCGCCAUAUCGUCUCUAUCUUUUCUCUGAGAGACAAACGUUCGACAAAACCCUCUCGUGAAGUCAUUGGUAUGGAGAGCGAUCUCCAUGCCAGUGGAAUAGACCGACACUCCGCCACCGGCUAUAGUCUAAGUGUUAUCACAAUCAUGACAGCGAUUGCGACCAAGUCCUACAGGACCUACCAAGUCCACGCAUGCACGCUUCCACACAAUGGACGCACCAAUCAAACAUCGACUCGGUACCGCCUACCGAGUAGGAGCAAAGACACAAGCUAACAAAAGUGAACCCUAUCACCACGACUGAACUUCAAGAAACCUCAUCCUCCGAUAGCACCGAAUUCACCAGAGACACCCAGACUUCAUCCAAAUAACAACACCAGAAAACUGCUUCCCCCCACCAUGACAUCAACGAUGCGAAUAAGCAUACGAAGGACGGGAAAACUGCUUCCCCCCACUUGACAUC